CAGGCCCCUAAAUCACAGGGGUUGAUGUUGGCUUUGGAUAAACUAUUUGCAGAGCUUUUUCCCAGGGGAGGGAGGGCUGGCCGCUUUCUGGAAGCAUCGCCACACACACACACAAAUGAGUGUCCGUUGGUCUUAAACAGCAGUUGGAGUGAAAUGGAUCACCCUGCUGUUAUUCAUGACAUUUAUAAACACAAAUCUGUCUUUAAAAUAGUCACUUGACUCUUAGUUCUGAAGGCUAAUAAGCCUGACAGUUCUGUUUAGUGUUUUAUUAUUAUUAACUUCAUCAUUUAUGCUACCUCCCUCAGGGAUUCUGAUCCACAAUGGCUGACAAUCAAGAGAAAGAUUUGCAGAAAUUUCUUAAAAAUGUGGAUGAAAUCACCAAUUUAAUUCAAGAGAUGAAUUCUGAUGACCCAGUUGUGCAGCAGAAAGCUGUCCUGAAGACAGAAAAGAAACUGCUGCUUAUGGAGGAAGAUCAAGAGGACGAUGAAUGCAGGACCACCUUGAACAAGACGAUGAUCAGUCCUCCACAAGCUACUGUGAAGAGUGCAGAAGAAAUAAACUCAGAGGCCUUCUUGGCAUCUGUGGAGAAGGAUGCGAAGGAACGAGCCAAGAGAAGAAGGGAAAACAGAGUCUUAGCAGAUGCCCUGAGAGAAAAGGGGAACCAAGCAUUCAUGGAAGGCGAUUAUGAAACAGCCGUCCUGCAUUACAGCGAGGGCCUGGCGAAGCUGAAGGACAUGAAAGUGCUGUAUACCAACCGAGCCCAGGCGUAUAUAAAACUUGGAGACUAUGAGAAGGCACUAGUGGAUUGUGACUGGGCUCUGAAGUCAUUCUUUUUUAUGCAGUGUGAUGAAAAAUGCACAAAAGCAUAUUUCCACAUGGGAAAAGCCCACCUGGCCCUGAAGAACUACAGUGUGUCUAGAGAGUGUUAUUGGAAGAUCUUAGAACUAAACCCCAAGCUACAAACUCAGGUGAAAGAUUACCUGAAUCAAGUAGAUCUUCGAGAGAAAGCAGAUCUUCAAGAGAAGGAAGCCCAUGAGCUGCUGAAUUCAGGAAAGAAUAUGGCUGUGACAACCAGAAAUCUCCUGGAGACUCUUGCCAAGCUUGACCAGAUCCCCUUGUUCUAUGCAGGGGGGAUUGAGAUCCUGACUGAGAUGAUGAAGGAUUGCACGGAACAAACUUUAUUCAGAACACACAAUGGAUUCAGUGUCAUCAGUGACAACGAAGUCAUAAGAAGGUGCUUUUCCACGUCAGAAAAGGACAUCGUGGAAGAGACAGUGUGUGUGUCUGUCCUCAAGCUCUGGCAAGCAGUUUGCAGUGGGAAUGAGGAAAACCAGCGUGUGCUGGUGAUGCACCCCGACAGAGGCAGACUGCUGCCCUCCCUCAUGGCCUCCAGGGUCCUGGCCAUCCGGCAGCAGAGCCUGGCCCUGCUGCUGCAGCUUGCCCAGACCGAGAACGGACGCAGCCUGAUAAUCAGCCACCUAGACCUGACCCGGCUGUUGGAAGCCCUGGUAUCAUUUCUUGAUUUCUCGGAUAAGAAAGCCAACACUGCCAUGGGACUGCUUACAGACUUGGCUCUGGAAGAAAGAUUCCGAGUUUGGUUCCAGGCCAGCCUUCCAGGUGUUCUCCCUGCCCUCAUAGGCGUUCUGAAGAAAGACCCCAAGGUUACCAACUCCUCAGCUCUCUGCCAGUGUAUUGCCAUCAUGGGAGACCUCAGUGCUGAGCCUGCCAUCCGACGACACAUGUCGGCCUGUGAAGAAUUUGGGGAUGCCUGCUUGGGCCUCAUGGCCAGGUGUGAGGAGGAUGUGGACCUGUCACGAGACAUCAUCUACACACUCCUGGGACUCAUGAUGAACCUGUGUCUUCAGGCACCCGUUGUCUCUGAGGUUUGGGCUAUGGAGGUGAGCAGAAGGUGCAUGACUCUGCUAAACAGCCAGGAUGGCGGAAUCCUGACAAGAGCUGCUGGCGUUCUGAGCCGGAUCCUUCCUUCCUCUCUGAGAAUCGUUGAGGAGGCCCUGAGAGCAGGAAUGGUGAAGAAAAUGAUGAAAUUCCUGAAGACAGGAGGCCAGACUGCGUCACGUUAUGCUAUAAAGACACUCGCCAUCUGCACUAAUAGUUAUCACGAAGCUCGAGAAGAAGUCAUCAGGCUGGAUACAAAGCUGAGCAUUUUAAUGAAGCUGCUCAGAUCGGAGGAUGAAGUUCUGGUGGGCAACGCUGCCCUCUGCCUUGGCAAUUGCAUGGAGGUGCCUAAUGUCGCGUCGUCCCUACUGAAGACAGACCUUGUGCAGGUCUUGUUAAAGCUUGCAGGCAGUGACACGAAGAAGACAGCCGUGCAGGUGAACGCAGGCAUUGCUCUGGGGAAGCUGUGCACGGCCGAGCCCAGAUUUACUGCUCAACUGAGAGAUCUCCAUGGAAUAGAAAUUCUUAACUCCACGAUGAAGCACAUCAAUGAUUCCUGAGAGACAUACAUCUAUGUAUGUUUUGGGGAACAC